AUGUCUACUGUCACGUCCGAUGCCCCUGUCGCCAAAAUCCCGCAGGUGACGGGUAUGCGCAAGAAUGGCAAGCAAUGGCACGAGAACAAGAAGGCCUUCCGCCCCACAGCAGGCCAGACGUCGUACGCAAAGCGCCAGGCCAAGGACCAAGCACUCGCCGUCGUAAAGGCACAAGAGAAGGAGAUGAAGGAAGAGAAGGAGGCCGAGCGUCAGAGACGUAUCACAGCACUCAAGGAGAAGCGCGAGGCAAAGGAAGAAAAGGAGCGCUACGAGAAGAUGGCUGCCAAGAUGCACCAGAAGAGAGUCGACAGACUGAAGCGCAGAGAGAAGAGAAACAAGCUUCUCAAGUCAUAG